AUGCGUUCUACAAAUAACAAUUUAGCUUGCUGCAAAGGAGAUAAUGUUUUCGAUGGACAAAUAAAUGGAAAUGAAUCAUACCCCCAAGUAGUAAAUAAACAAUUACCACCUAAGGUAUUAGAACCCAUAAUUCAAAAUAAAAUAGUUGAAAUACCCAAAGAAGUAUAUCUUGAAAAGAUUGUAGAAGUUCCUCAAAUAAAAACUGUAGAAAGAAUAGUGGAACAGAUAAGGCCCGUUAUUAAGUACAAAAAUGUGUAUAAACCCAAAACUGUAUAUGUUGAAAAAGUAAAAAAUGUAGAUAAAAUUAUAUACCAAGAGAAAAUUGUUGAAGUUCCACAAAUAAAAACUGUUGAAAAAAUUGUAGAAGUCCCAGUAUAUGUUAACAGAGAAAGAAUUAUUACUGUUCCAAGAUAUAUGGUUGUAGAAAAAGUAAUCCCCGUAUUAAAAACAUCUAAAAGAGAAAGUAUAAUGGAAGUUCCAGAAGUUAAUUGCCCACACAUUGAUAUAAGUAAAGAAGUAGAAGAUAAAGAAGAAAUACCAAUUAACGAAUUAAAAGAGAAUCAAACCAUAAGUCUUGCUGAUGAAAAAGAAAUCCAAAUAUUAAAUGACUUAACUAGCCAAAAGGUAGAUUCUAAUGCAACCAUUAAUAUGGAAGGUGAACAAGAUACAACUGUAGAUACUAUUACACAAGAAAACUUCUGUGGAACGGUUAGUUGUAAUUUCUUACCAAAUUAUCCAAACUUCUCCAAAAUUGGAAACCCAUUAUGCAAAGGAGGUCCAGAAAAAGAAAAACGUUUUUCAAGUAUCAGCAUCUACAAAUCAAAGGAUUCAGGAUUCCCAAGUAUAAGAAUUGCAAAAACUCCACAAAUGUUCCAAAGAAAUCUUUACUGUUCAUAUGCUUAA